CUGUGAGAAAUGGACGAUUUGGCUGAUUGUCGUGAGGUUUUCGCCUAUUUUGACAGCAAAGGCGACGAGCGAAUCUCUGUUCAGCAGGUCGGUGAUGUGCUCCGCGCGCUCGGCCAGAACCCAACAGAAGCCGAAAUUCACAAAUGUGUCGGCUCGUUCGAUCGGGAAGCUCGGCUUUCAUUCGAGGACUUUGUCCCAAUUUUCCAGUCGGUGUCCAAGAAUCGUGAAAAGCACACCGUUGAGGAGUUCGUCGAGGGGUUGUCGCAUUUCGACAAGGAGGGAAACGGAAUGAUCAAUGUCGCAGAGCUCCGACACUUGCUCACCACUCUUGGAGAACGCCUAUCCGAUGAAGACGUCGAUCAAUUGCUCUCCGGACACAACGAUUCUCACGGAAACGUCAAUAUCUCGGAUUUCGUACGCGCUGUCAUGAACUCCUAAAAAAUAAUCGAAUUCAGCUGAUGUAAAUAUAUCAUUUCCAUUAAUUUCCUCGGCAUUUUCCACACAAUCUAUUUAUUUAUCGACUUUUUUGCAUCCGUUAAUUCUAUUUCUUAUUCGCUCUCUCCCAGUUCACCAAAAAAAACUUGCAACGAUUCAGUGAACAACUUUGUAUCCUCCGUGUUUUAAGAUGAAUUUUUCUAAAUUUU